UUGAGACACUGAGUCAGUGACCUCAUGCACUCCCUUCUUCAAAUUUCCCAGACACACAGAGCUUGUAAAAACAUCUGUUUUGGUGAGACACUCCGCGAUGAUUAGUAUUUUUCUUUGAGUUUGCAGUGUUUGCACACAAAACAUCGAUCUACGCCACCCAGUCGCAUUGUACUGCGGACACGAUCGACCGUACACGUUCUUCCCAAUCAUUAUUAACCAUUGUUGGUGCUUUGUUAUCCAUCAACGACAUAAAUACUAAACAUAUACACUAUAGGAAGUCAAUAAAUACUUAGUUAUGAGUGGCUUAACUCCUGAAGAGAUAAGGAGACGUCGCUUAGCACGUUUAGCUGCUGUAACUACAACAAGAGUUCCUACACCAACACCAGCAGUGUCUGAUGUUAUUCCACAGCAGAUUCCACAAUUGCCCACAAGAAUAACAUUUGCUACACAGCCAAUUAAAACUGAUUCAAAAGAUUUACCUAUGGAAGUUGAAAACAGCAAUACUGAUGCAGAGAUCAAAAACAAUAUUGUUUCUCCAAUUAAAGCCCCUGGACCAUCCUCAAUUAUUACCCCAGAAGAGGAUUCAGGCUUUGAGAAUAUGGAAGUUGAUGAACCUAAGGAAUCUAAUUUUCAAGAAAGCAUCAGAAGAAAAAGACCAUUGGAAUUACCAGUGAAUAUUCCCAAAGAAGAUAUAACUUUUGUUAUAGUUUUAAAAGUGUUGGAUGUGUCUUGGAGUGAUGAAAGCAAAGGUUUAUUUUUGCCAGAAGUCGCAGCAUAUAUGGAAAAUGAAAAAAAGCAGAAUUAUGAGCCUUUUGAAAUACCAAAUAUUAUUAGCAUGGCUAUUCAAGAAGCUCUUAGCUUAGUUGUAAAUAAAUCGAAGUUUUCUCAGGCAAAUGAUAAACAAGAAUAUACUGAAAAUUCAUUUACAGCUGCAGGAUUAAAAUAUUUGUUUGAUUGCUAUGAUCGCGUUGAAGAAGAAAAACGUCAAUAUCCUAAAAGAAGUAGUACUCCUAAAGUUUCUAAAGUAUUAACCAACUUACGAUCACAAUGUGUAAGUCAUUGUAUUAUGUUGAUAACUCAAGUAUGGAUUUUGGAUGACAGAGAAUGGGUUCGAAAUAUGGAACCAAUAUAUUCCCCCAUUACACAAUUUCUGAUGAAGGGAAAAGUACCUAGAGGUUUUAUUAAUGAAAUAUUGAAUCGUGCAGCAUUGAAUCAAGACUUAUUAGAAAAAAUUUUUAUUCCAAUAUUACAACAUCUACACCGUUUAAUGCAAACUGCUAGUUUUGUAGGCUCUACACAUCGUAAACCCAUUGAAGUACUUAGUGAACUAUGUUCUUUGCAUUUGUUUGCAUCUAAGAAUAAUUUACCUAUAUGUACUUUAAUAGUUAAAUUAGAACAAUUCAUGCCAAAUUAUGUAACUCCAAGUGGUGGUCGUGAACUAUCUCAUACAUCAUAUUUAGGACCGUUUCUUUCAGUUUCAUUAUUUGCUGAAGAUGAUCCUAAAGUAAUUGACAAAUUAUUAAAUUUUACAACAAUAUCGGACAAAACCGGGUUGAUUACAACUCUUAGACAAGAAUUACAAGCUACUCGUAACGAAUUGAACAAAAUUGUGUACAGUUUAGUAGUAAAUCCGUGUUCACGAGAAACAACAUUGGAUUAUAUUUCCAAAAUGUUAUCAUACAAUGAGAAACGUUGCAAAAUGCGUGUAGACGAGCGAACAAUUGCUGGUGAUGGUUUCAUGUUGAAUUUACUAUCUGCUUUACAAGAGUUAUCAGUGAAGAUCAAAUUGGAUAAAGUAGAUCCAAUGUACAUGUUUAAAUCCACGGAUUCAUUAAUUGACUUAUCAUCCGAUACAAGACUGAAAUUUUCAUCUCAAGAAGCUGCUGAUUGGAUCUCAAAAUUACCACCUUUUAAAGAAGCUAAGUUUUCCACUCAAUGUUGGUUUUUAACAUUAUAUUGUCAUCAUGUAGCUCUAAUACCAUCAUUCAAUAAACAUACUAGGAGGUAUAGAACUGUAAGAGAUCUUCAAAAAUUGAUUGACGAAAUAGCAAAUUCAGAAUCUGAAUGGAAGAGUAAUCCCACAUUAGCUUCAAGAAAUAAAGAAUUAAUGAAGAAAUGGAGAAUACAGCUUAAGAAACUAUUAAAAAGCAAAUCAUGUGGAGAAAUAGUGUUAUACGAUCCAUCUCUUAUAACGCGUUGUAUUGUAUUUUAUUCAACGGUUGCUGAGUUUAUGAUGUCUCUUCUUCAAGGUCACCAAUUUGUACCAAAUACUGAUAUAAAGUUCCCUGCUGAAGUUCCAACUAUAUUAGCUGCUACUCCUGAAUGGUUUGUUGAAGAUAUUGCAGACUUCCUAUUAUUUAUUCUGCAAUAUGCUCCCAAAGCAAUUGAAUUCAAGUUUUUUGAUAAAUUGUUGACAUGGAUUCUUGUUUGUAUUUGUUCUCCGGCUGCUUUUAAAAAUCCUUACCUCAUAGCAAAGCUCAUUGAAGUUUUAUUUGUAUUAAAUCCAAGUAUUCAGCCAAAAACUGAAGUUUUAAAUAAUAUGAUGAUGAGUCAUCCACUUUCAGUCUCUCACCUACCUUCUGCUUUAAUGAAAUUUUAUACAGUAAUUGAAUCUACUGGAGCCAGUUCCGAAUUUUAUGAUAAGUUCACUAUACGCUACCAUAUAAGUUUAAUCCUCAAAAGUAUGUGGGAAAGCCCUAUGCACAGAAGUUCAGUUAUUGCAGAAUCCAAAACCGGAAUACAAUUUGUGAAAUUUGUGAAUAUGUUGAUAAAUGACACAACAUUCUUGUUGGAUGAAAGUUUGGAAUCGUUAAAGCGUAUCCAUGAAGUACAAGAACAAAUGGCAGAUACAGCUACUUGGAAUAAUCUGCCUGACGAUGUUCAACAAUCUAGAAAUAGACAGCUUUCUGCUGAUGAACGACAAUGCCGUUCCUAUUUAACUUUGGCGCAAGAGACUGUAGAUAUGUUCCAUUAUCUUACAAAGGAUAUCAAAGAACCAUUUAUGCGACCUGAACUAGUGAAUCGGCUUACAGCAAUGUUGAAUUUUAAUUUACAGCAAUUGUGUGGUCCUAAAUGUAAAAAUUUAAAAGUCAAAACACCAGAAAACUAUGGCUGGGAGCCUAGACGAUUGCUUAAGCAAUUAAUUGAUAUCUACUUACAUUUGGAUUGUGAAGAGUUUGCUGCAGCUAUAGCAGCUGAUGAACGAUCGUUUAGAAUAGAACUAUUUGAAGAUGCAGCAAACCGAAUGUUGAGAGUGUUAAAUUCAUCAAAAAUAGAAGCAAUGCAAUUUCAAAGUUUGGCUAUUAAGGCAAAUGAAGUAUCUAUUCAGAAUAUUAAAAAAGAAGUUGAUUUUAAUGAUGCUCCUGAUGAAUUUAGAGAUCCAUUGAUGGAUACUUUGAUGGAUGAUCCAGUAACAUUACCGAGUAGUGGAAAAGUCAUGGAUCGACCAGUUAUAAUUCGUCAUUUGUUAAAUUCACAAACAGAUCCAUUUAACCGACAACCAUUAAGUGAAGAUGAUUUAACUCCUGCAACGGAUCUGAAAGAAAAAAUUCAAAAAUGGAAAAUUGAAAAGCUAAAAGCAUUGUCUCAAAAGCCUCAACAAUAAAGAAAGAAAUAUUUAGUAAAAUAUAAAUAAUAUAAUAAUAAUAAUUAAAAACGAUAAUAUGUGAAAUUUAUAAUAAUGUAUCCAAGUAAAAUCAUUUUUUAAUAUUUA